AUGUCAUUGACUCCGGAGCAGGCUAAAAUCAUCAAGGCUACUGUGCCCAUCCUCGCCGAGCAUGGCAUGACCAUCACGAGCCGCUUCUACGCGAACAUGUUGCGCGAGAACAAGGAGCUCAACAAUAUCUUCAACACCUCCAACCAGCACAACGGCCACCAACCCAAGUCGCUCGCGAUGGCGCUGUACGCCUACGCGAGCAACAUAGACGACCUCGGCGUGCUCAGUCCCGCCGUCGAGCUCAUCUGCCACAAGCACGCGUCGCUGUACAUCCGCCCGGAGCACUACAACAUCGUCGGCACGUACCUGCUCGCGGCAAUGAAGGAGAUCCUCGGCGACGCGCUCACGCAGGACAUCCACGACGCGUGGGCCGCCGCGUACUGGCAGCUUGCCAACAUCAUGAUCGCGCGGGAGGCGGACCUGUACAAGAGCGCGGACGGCUGGGCGGACUGGCGCGAGUUCAAGAUCGAUCGCAAGGAGAAGGAGUCGGAUGAGAUUACGUCGUUCUACCUCGUCCCCCUCGAUGGGAAGCCUCUCCCGAAGUUCAAGCCCGGACAGUACAUCUCUGUGCAGACCGAGGUGCCAGACCUCUCGCACCUGCAGGCGAGGCAAUACUCGCUCAGCGAGGCGCCUCGCAGCGACUACUACCGCAUCAGCGUGAAGAGGGAGGAUGGGCUCAACAUGAGCGACCCCGCCGCGCCCGCACACCCUGGCUACAUCUCCAACCUCCUGCACAAGCACAAGCAGCCCGGCGACGUAUUGCGCGUCUCGCACCCCUACGGCGACUUCUUCUACGACGAGUCCGCCGUCGCGCCCACCGCGCCCAUCGUCUUCCUCGCCGCAGGCGUCGGCCUGACGUGCCUGCUCUCGAUCUUCAACUCCCUCGCCGCCGCCGAGACCGCGCACCCCAUAACGUGGGUGCACGUCGCGCGGACGACCUCCGCGCGGGCCUUCGCUCCGCACGUGCGCGCGGCUGCUGCUCGCAACCCGCGCAUCCAGCCCGUCUUCUUCCUCUCGCACCCGGGCGCGGGCGAUGUGCAGGGGCAGGACUUCGAUGUCCCAGGCCGCCUCGAGCUCGGCAAGCUGGACGCGGAGAAGCAGUUGCACGCGAAGGACGCGACUGCGCAGUACUUCGUGUGUGGUCCGGAGCAGUUCAUGGUGGAUAUGCAAAAGGGCUUGAAGGAAUUGGGGGUCGACGAGGGAAGGAUUCACUUGGAGCUCUUCGGUACAGGUGGGGUGCCGAAGGCGUGA